GAGGAUAACCAUACGAAUCUCUCUCUUUCACCAACUUCCCACCUACUUUGAUUUUCUACCGUAACAUAAUCAUAAUCUCAUCACGAACCUAAAUAAUAAAUAUCUUGGAAUUCCGUGAAACUUCCUCAAUUCAAUCUUCAUCACGAUUACCUACGAUUGCCUACGAUUGCCUACGAUUGCCUACCAUUUCACUCCUCUCCUACUCUUACUACUCUCACCACGCCCACCACUCUAACCACGCCCACCUCUUCAACCUGUCUGUCCUAAAUACCAUUUCCCCUCAUUAUUAAUCAAAGCUUCGUCCCGUCCCAAAUAAAGAACCUAGACCUCCAGUCUCCAGUCUCCAGUCUCCAAUCCAUCUUUUGCCAACUAUUGUAAACCACUCAUUCGCUUCGACAUCCCCGGAGUGAAAGAUUCGAAGAGAACGGCAGAGAAAGGCCGAAAAGCAAAAGACCAAGAAGGAAGAAAUUUCGGAAAAAAUUCAAGUAGAAACGGCUUCCCCCCAACAUCUGAAGCUUCGACCCACCACGUCCAAAGUUCAAAUCAGUCAAGAGCUUCAUUUCUUCGUCUCGAAUUGCCCCAAACACUCUUCUCUUCAAAAAGUCAAGACUCAAAUCCUUUCGCCGGCCAGUAUACCGACUUGUGCCUCAACGACCUCGUUAUCUCCCAGGGAUAAUCUAAACUCCUAAAAUUCAAACAAAGUUCACACGAAGGGAAAUCAGAAGAACUACUAGUAGAAAUUUGGUCUAGGUAUAUCUUCUAGUAUAUGCUCUAGACCAGCCUUCCCUCUUCUCAAUCGGGAUAUUUCCCGUUCAACAAAGUACCGAUCAUCCUGAAUCCUCAUACGGACGGCAAUUGUGAAGUCAAAAUCCAUUUCACCAGUGACCUUUGUUGAGUCUUGACCACUUUGAUUCAUUGACAAGAAACGUCGACAAUAACAUUCGAUUCUUACCCCACCACUCAUACUACCUCUCGAAUGCGAACAUUCUUUCUAUCAGAAUAAUGGCAGAUAAUCCGCAACUAGAUGCGAUGGGUCCUCCCAGCGACUCAAUCGAUUUUGCUCUUAAAGAUACCCCUCAACAAAAGCCUACAGAUGACCAAAAUAACGAGGCUCCUACAUCACCUAGUUCUUCGAAACCUCCUACUAUACCAUCUCUUCGACCCGCAUCAGAUUCGGAGGGGAUAGCUACCAUGACAGCAUCUUCUACACCUCUUGGUAUGUUGCAGAAUGCGAGAAGGCCAAGACCUGGUCCAUCGAUACCAGGAGGAGGUAGAUCUUCGCAAGUAGGAAGACAACCUGGUGGUGGUUUACCCACUUCCAUGGCAGAAAAAAUGAAAGCAUUUCACGCAUCAAGACAAGGCACACCUACACAACGACCACAGUUACCCGCGACAAUAUCAUCACCGGGGGUACCAGCUUCACCUGCCAUAGAUGGAUUAUCUGGAGGGCUACAAUUACCACCUAACAUGCGACCUCCACCACAAAACUUUGUUUCUGCUCCGGUAAUUCCGAAAAUGAAAAUGGGUGGUGGACUAAGCGCAAGAAGAGGAUUGAAACUACCUGGUGGUCUACCUCCAGCUCCAGCUGCUGCGCCAGGUUCGGAAUCAAAUGGUACACCGAACACCGCAAAUGGGGGUUCUAUGUUUAAUCAAUUUGCAAAAUAUGUUGACACAGAGAAAGGGACAUUGAAAUUUGCAGGAAAAGCAGUUAUUCAUGGAGGUGGUAUCGAUUUUGCAAAUGGUACAAAUUUCAACAUAUCUUUGGAUGAGGUUGAUACCUUGGAAGAAUUGGGCAAAGGGAAUUAUGGUACCGUUUACAAAGUUCGACAUGCAAGACCACGAAUGCGCAAACCUGGAUUGGGUCUCGCGGGUAAUAAAUCAUCUACAACUGAUACCGAUGAUGGCGAAGUACAAUCUGGAGGAAAUACAACUGGUGUAGUCAUGGCAAUGAAAGAACUUCGACUGGAACUUGACGAAGCUAAAUUCGCGGCAAUCAUUAUGGAAUUGGAUAUCCUGCAUAGAUGUUUGAGUCCUUAUAUUAUCGACUUUUAUGGUGCAUUCUUUCAAGAGGGAGCUGUUUACAUCUGCAUAGAGUUUAUGGAUGGAGGAUCGAUUGAUAAAAUUUAUGGAGAUGGUAUUCCCGAAAAUGUCUUGAGGAAAAUCACCUAUGCAACAACUCAAGGUUUAAAAACCCUGAAAGACGAACAUAACAUCAUUCAUCGAGAUGUUAAACCGACGAAUAUUCUCGUGAAUACCCAAGGGCAGGUCAAAAUUUGUGAUUUUGGUGUCUCUGGAAACUUGGUCGCUAGUAUCGCAAAAACGAAUAUUGGAUGUCAAUCAUAUAUGGCACCAGAAAGAAUUUCGGGUGGUGGAAUAUCACAAGCUGGUGCAAAUCCUGGAGGUGGAACUUAUAGUGUGCAAAGUGAUAUUUGGUCCUUGGGAUUAAGUGUUAUUGAGUGUGCAAUGGGAAGAUAUCCGUACCCACCAGAGACAUAUAAUAAUAUCUUUUCACAAUUAAGUGCAAUUGUCGAUGGUGAACCACCCGAUCUUCCUGCAGAAGGUUUCUCCCCGACCGCCCGCAAUUUUGUUCGAGGAUGUCUGAACAAAAUUCCAAAUAUGCGUCCUACCUACAGUGAUUUACUUCAACAUCCAUGGUUGGCUGAGCUUUCGAAACCAAACACAAUUUCGGAAGAAGAUGAAGAGGAAGAGGAAGAUCAGGCCGAUGUGGGUGGUUUAAGUCUGGAAGAUGAUGUAAAACAAGAUACAUCAAAUGGUAUCUUGACAGGCACCGAAGACUCGGAGGUUGCAGAAUGGGUGAAAAAUGCUAUUGAGAGGAAGAAGUUGGGUCUCAUGGGUACACACGCGCAACCUGCCUUACACAAGGCGCCUUUGGAUACGGUUAGUCCGUUGCCGAGUCCGAGGGAGUAAAGCAGUGAAGGAUUGAUACAGGGUGAAUGAAUGAGCUUAUGAAAUAAGACGAAAUGGGAAAGAAAGAUAAUUUUACAUGGCAUGGAAUGGAGUUUAGGGCGGGCGCCAUUACGAUUUUUAAACGAUUGACAAGCUGGCGGUAGGCAGACUCUAUUUUGAGAUCCUAGAAGUGCAUAUUCUGGGGGGAACUCGAUUUGUACAUUUGAACCUCUUACCUUUUCUUCUUUAUUCUUCUCUUUCUGUCCUAAGAAACGAAAACGUAUCAAAUUCUUUUCUUCUCUUUUGAUGAUGCAUAGCAUGUAAGACGGGUAUUAGGCAAUAAAUGAAAUGGAUUAUUAUAUUCUUUGAAUGAGGAAUGAUUUGGGGUAUGGGGUAUGGGGAUAUGAUAGGAAAUGAAAUGAAAUAAACGGAGGGGUGGUAGAAAGAUAGAACCUUUGAGAUUAAAUGAAACGAAAUGAAAUGAGAUGAAAUAAAAUAAAAUGCAUAUAAAUCCAACCAAAUAUUUUAUGGGACGAGUGAGUGGUGGUUAAUGGUAUGUAGCUAGGAGGAAAUGAGUGGGAGGGUCAAUAAUGGGUUGAAUUUCUA